GGGAGCGGGGUCGCCGCCGCCUGCCCGCCCGCGUGCCCGGGCUGCGGUGGGCCAGGAUGUCGGGCUUCCUGGAGGAGCUGCUCGGCGAAAAGCUGGUGACGGGCGGCGGCGAGGAGGUGGACGUGCACUCGCUCGGCGCCCGCGGCAUCUCGCUGCUCGGGCUCUACUUCGGCUGCAGCCUGAGCGCCCCCUGCGCGCAGCUCAGCGCCAGCCUGGCCGCCUUCUACGGCCGCCUGCUGGGGGACGCGGCGGCCGGGCCGGGGGCCGGGGCCGCGCCGGGGGCCGGGGCCGGGGCCGGGGCCGGGGCCGGGGCGGCCGCCGAGCCAGAGCCGCGGCGCCGCCUGGAGAUCGUCUUCGUGUCCUCGGACCAGGACCAGCGCCAGUGGCAGGACUUCGUGCGGGACAUGCCGUGGCUGGCGCUGCCCUACAAGGAGAAGCACAGGAAGCUUAAGCUUUGGAACAAAUACCGAAUUUCCAACAUUCCAUCACUAAUAUUCCUAGACGCCACCACGGGGAAGGUCGUGUGCAGGAACGGGCUGUUGGUGAUCCGCGAUGACCCGGAAGGUCUGGAAUUCCCUUGGGGGCCUAAACCCUUCAGAGAAGUCAUUGCAGGGCCCUUGCUUCGAAACAACGGGCAGUCCCUGGAGAGCAGCAGCCUGGAGGGGUCUCACGUGGGAGUCUAUUUCUCUGCACACUGGUGUCCCCCCUGCCGGAGCCUCACCCGGGUGCUUGUGGAAUCCUACCGGAAGAUCAAGGAGUCGGGCCAGAAAUUUGAGAUCAUCUUUGUGAGCGCAGACAGGUCAGAGGAGUCCUUCAAGCAGUACUUCAGUGAGAUGCCCUGGCUGGCUGUCCCCUACACCGACGAGGCCCGGCGGUCGCGCCUCAACCGGCUGUAUGGAAUCCAAGGCAUCCCCACGCUGAUCGUGCUGGACCCACAGGGCGAGGUGAUCACACGGCAGGGGCGGGUGGAGGUGCUGAAUGACGAGGACUGCAGGGAGUUCCCGUGGCACCCCAAGCCCGUGCUGGAGCUCUCCGACUCCAAUGCCGUGCAGCUCAACGAGGGCCCCUGCCUCGUCCUUUUUGUAGACUCUGAAGACGACGGGGAGUCUGAGGCAGCCAAGCAGCUGAUCCAGCCAAUCGCUGAGAAAAUCAUCGCCAAGUACAAAGCCAAAGAAGAGGAGGCACCACUUCUAUUCUUUGUGGCCGGGGAGGAUGACAUGACUGACUCCCUGCGAGAUUACACCAACCUGCCCGAGGCGGCCCCUUUGCUCACCAUUCUGGACAUGUCAGCCCGAGCCAAGUACGUGAUGGAUGUGGAAGAGAUCACCCCCGCCAUCGUGGAGGCCUUUGUGAAUGACUUCCUAGCAGAAAAGCUCAAACCAGAGCCCAUCUAGUGGGCUCCAGCCUCAUGAGACGUUAUUUAAAACUCAGUCUUCUCCUCCUCCUUCCCUUCCUUCUCUCCGCCCUUGGACUUUUCCAGCGUGUCCUGAGUCGCACAACCCAAGUGUCCAACCUCUCUGUGGUGCCUUGUUUUCUGCGUUAACGCCUCAGCUAGCACCCUGGGGUGCGCACCCUUUAAACAGCCGAAGAACCACCAUGUUUGGAGACUCUUCUUGGGCCUCAUGAGGAUGGCAUAACCCAGCCAGAACUGGGACUGCAUCACUCUGUAUAAGGGUCACUAGCUUGUGAUGAAAUGUUUGCCAGGGUGUUCUCCAGAGUAAGCAUCAAGGGACAGGGCUUAGUUCCUGGUUCGUUCUGACUUUUGUGUCAGCACACCCACACAAAACCUAAGACCCCCAGAAGCGAGCUGUUCACUGAUACCUGUCUGUGCAGGUACAGCAGAGAAAGGGCCGCGUCCUCAUUGGGCCUCAGCUUGGAGCUGUUGAUGAGAACCUCAUCUUCUAAGUGACUUAGUCCAUCUUGUUCUGAGGAAAAACAGCAGCUUAUCAGUGAGCUCUUGGGCAGGGGAUCUCCAGAUUUUAAAGGAAGCUUGUGUGCGUGCGUGUGUGUGUGUGUGUGUGUGUGUUUUCUGCUGAGAAGAGAGUAGCUAAGAUAAUGAUUCAUAUAGUAAUUGCUUACUUUCAUUGAGCUCCUACCAUCUGAUGAGAGCUUCUGGUUCCUUCCUUAUAGUUCUUCCUACCCUUGAUCUUGACCUUCUCCAAGUUUCUGCCUUUUCAUACGACCAGCCCCUACUAUCGUGGACUUUUUGUUAAUGAAUUCUUCCCCUUGGACAUCUUCCCAAGAAACUCAGUCCCGAGUUCUUAGAGGAGCGUGGCUAGCCAGCACAGACCUCUAAGCACAACUCUGUGCCUGGGGUCCCUGGAGCUCUGUGCAGGUGCUUGGGCCAACCUGUGCUCACCCCGUCAUGCCCUUUUCUUUUCAAAGCAGAACUAAAGAGAGGCAAGAAAUUACCAGAAACCUAGGUUUUUCCUAAGAACCUGCAGAAGGAGCUGUGCCCGAGGGCAGGAGUGAGGGCAGAGGGUAUGUCAACAGAUAGUAUGCUGUGGGUCCCCUGUGCUAGGCCCAGGGUAGCUUGGCCCCUUAUUUGAGCUGAAAAAUGGCCACAAAAAGGAAAACAACAACAGCCAUGUUCUUAGGAUUCUGGAUGGAGGGCCUUGGCCUGGGAAUUCACAAGGGCUUAGCCCACCUCAGUCAAGUGUUCUUUAAACCUUACCCCUGGCUCCACUCUCAGCACUUACCAACCAAGACCACUUAUUUGAAAUCUCAGCCCCCUGCCCCCUAUAAACUGUUGACACUGUUGUUCCUUGCUGAAUUGGAUUGUUUAUUUGUAGCUCAGAGGUACAAAGAUAGUUGGUUAUUAGAUUGUUAUUGUCACCAGCCUGGAUGUCACUACAAUACCUAGUAAGAAAUAAAGCAGGCAUCUCUGGACGUUACUAACCA